GUAGAACCAUUUUGCUCAAAAAAAAUUGUUGGAAAACACAACACAAAAUUGUUUAGGCAAAUACCUAUUUGCCAAAAAAAGAAAAAAAUCCGUUCAAAACCCCAAAACUCCAAUGUUCAGGGUUCUUCCCUUCACUACAACUGUGUACCCUUGUGCAAUUACAGCUCCAAGGUUGGUUGUGAAAAUGUCUGCAAUGGCCACCAAGAAUGCAGGAAGAACAAUGGAUUCAUUAGUAGUGAAGCCUCCAGCACACCCCACUUAUGAUUUAAAGGGUGUUAUUCAACUUGCCCUCUCUGAAGAUGCUGGGGAUUUAGGAGAUGUGUCUUGUAAGGCGACAAUUCCUGUUGACUUGGAAUCCGAAGCUUACUUUAUAGCAAAGGAAGAUGGGAUUGUAGCAGGAAUUGCACUUACUGAGAUGAUAUUCGCGGAAGUUGAUCCUUCACUAAAGGUGGAGUGGUUUAUAAAGGAUGGUGAUAAAGUUCAUAAAGGCUUGAAAUUUGGCAAAGUACAAGGAAAGGCUCACAACAUUGUUAUAGCUGAGAGGGUGGUUCUCAAUUUUAUGCAAAGAAUGAGUGGAAUAGCUACGCUAACUAAGGCAAUGGCAGAUGCUGCAAACCCUGCUUACAUCUUGGAGACUAGGAAGACGGCACCAGGAUUACGUUUGGUGGAUAAAUGGGCGGUAUUGAUCGGUGGGGGUAAGAACCACAGAAUGGGCUUAUUUGAUAUGGUAAUGAUAAAAGACAAUCACAUAUCUGCUGCUGGAGGUGUCAGCAAAGCUCUAGAAUCUGUGGAUCAGUAUUUGGAGCAAAAUAAACUGCAAAUGGGGGUUGAGGUUGAAACCAGGACGCUUGCAGAAGUACAUGAGGUUCUAGAAUAUGCAUCUCAAACGAAAACUUCAUUGACUAGGAUAAUGCUGGACAAUAUGGUUAUUCCAUUAUCUAACGGGGAUGUUGAGGUAUCCAUGCUUAAGGAGGCUGUAGAUUUGAUUAAGGGGAAGUUUGAGACCGAGGCUUCAGGAAAUGUUACCCUUGAAACAGUGCACGCAAUUGGGCAAACUGGUGUUACCUACAUUUCGAGCGGUGCCUUAACGCAUUCUGUGAAAGCACUUGACAUUUCUCUGAAAAUCGACACAGAGCUCGCCCUUGAAGUUGGACGACGUACAAAACGAGCAUGACCAACAUUUACAGUUUGUUGUAGACUCAAAAGAGUAGAAGCAGCAGUAUAGCACAAAGUACAAAUAAGAUUCAUUAUACUAAUUCAAAGUACCACUGUUCAACCAAACAAAAAGAUAAUAGUUUCUGGAAUAUCAUGAUGGCUUUCUUCCAAUGUUACUGUUUUUGAGUUGGUAUCUUUACCUAUUACUUGCUGUCAUAUUUCAUAAACUUGAUACAAUGAAGAAACUUGAUUUAUAAGCUUGGUGUAAGGUUGCUCUUC